AUGAAUUUUUCUUUUAUUGUAGUGUCACCGCUACGUACUACAAACAUUCUCAUCAAUGCUAGAUGGGCUCAAAACGGUAUCACGGUGGCUGGUGGAAAUGGAGGAGGUAAUGAACUCAAUCAGCUCUUGGGUUCAGAAGGUUUGUACAUUGCUAAUGAUCAGACUGCUUAUAUUGCUGACUACAAUAAUCAUCGUAUUAUGGAAUGGAAGUAUGGUGCGACUAAUGGAAAGGUGAUUGCUGGUGGAAAUGGUCAAGGAAGUCGCGCCGACCAAAUGAGUUCACCAUCCGAUGUGAUUAUCGAUAAAGCAAGCGAUAGUCUCAUCAUUUGUGACAAAACGAACCGACGAGUGGUACGAUGGCCACGUCAAGGUGGUCUCAGUGGAGAAACAAUUAUAUCAAAUAUCGAUUGUUGGGGUGUGACGAUGGACCAUGAUGGAUCUCUGUAUGUCUGCGACCACCAUAAGUGUGAAGUAAGACGGUGGCGAAUUGGAGAGACUCAUGGGACAGUGGUUGCAGGUGGUAAUGGACGAGGCGAACAUCUCGAUCAGUUGAAUUCUCCACUUUAUGUAUUCGUGGAUUAUUAUCGCACAGUAUAUGUAUCAGAUAGUGAAAAUCAUCGUGUGAUGAAAUGGUUGGAGGGCGCAAGGGAGGGGAUUGUUGUGGCUGGUGGAAGAGGCCGUGGUAAUGAUUUAACACAAUUAUCAGAUGCUCGAGGAGUUAUCGUAGAUCAAUGGGACACUGUGUAUGUAGCAGACUGUGACAAUCAUCGAAUCAUGUGUUGGCCCAAAGGAGCCACACAUGGAAAUAUACUUGUCUGUGGCAACGGGGAAGGAGAACAAGCAAAUCAGGUCAUUCGUCCUGCAGGUUUAUCAUUUGAUCGAUACGGCAAUCUCUAUGUAGUUGAUUGGGGCAAUCAUCGAGUACAAAGAUUCGACAUCGAUGCAAAUUCAUAA